AUGGCUCCUUCGAUCCAAGACUACGACGCUGCCGACAAGGUCGAGAGCGGCUACGGCGGUAUGCCGGAAUCCCCCAAGAACUCAACGUUCGUCUCAACUGAGCGCACCGGCCUGGCCCGCUUCGCCGUCAAGAGCGUGCACAUGCGCGAGUGCCUGGCCGAGUUCCUCGGCACCUUCGUCAUGAUCGUCUUCGGCAUGGGCGUCAACAACCAAGUGACCAACUCGGAGGAGAAGAACGGCACGUGGCUCAGCAUCAACAUGUGCUGGGGCAUCGGCGUGCUCAUCGGCGUCUACUGCUCCGAGGGCAUCAGCGGCGCCAACCUUAACACGGCUGUGACGUUGGCGCACUGCGUGUACGGCCGCCUGCCGUGGUGGAAGGCGCCGGGCUACAUGAUCUCGCAGCUGCUGGGCGCCUUCAUCGGCGCCUUCGUCAUCUACGUCAUGCAGUACCAGAACCUCAACGUCAUCGACCCGCAGCGCGAGACCACGCAGAGCAGCUUCUCCACGUACCCUAGCGACAACAUCUCCAACUACACGGCCUUCUACACGGAGUUCGUGGGCACGGCCAUGCUCGUGCUCAGCAUCUACGCCAUCACGGACAAGCGCAACCGCGCGGCCGGCCCCGUGGGCGCCGCGUUCGCCUUCUGCCUCAUGAUCAUGGCGCUCGGCAUGGCCUUCGGCAUGAACACGGGCUACGCCGUGAACCCUGCGCGCGACUUCGGUCCUCGCCUGUUCACGUUCUGCGCCGGCUGGGGCUCCAAGGUCUUCACGACGCGCAACUACUACUUCUGGAUCCCGAUCGUGGCGGACCUGAUGGGCGGCGUUGCUGGCGCUGGUUUGUACCGCCUGCUCGUGGAGAUCCACCACCCGCCGCUCCCGCACCAGAACUAA